AUGUCCACUACACCGAAGACCUUGGAGGUCAAGAUAAGACCUUAUUCAGUACCAAAUUCGGAGCGGCCGGAUUUGAAAGGAGCAUCACGUGUUCAUUUGAGCGCAGAGGCUCUUCGGGAGUUGAAUUUGAGAUCAGGGCUUCCAUGCUAUCUAUGGAAGGACGAUCCCGAGAAGAGAAGAGAGGCUAUUGCAUGGGCUACGACGGAAAAGAACUUGAACAAGGCCGUGGUGCAGACCUCAAAGGCUUUCCAGGAAGCGUAUGGCUUCAAGUUGGGAGACGAUGUGAAUAUCUGUGCUGCAGGGGCGGAGGUGCCUACGGUGGAGUCUGUCAUUCUAAGGGAUAUCACCCCGAAGCUUGGUACGAGUGACGUUCCUGAGCUUGAAGACGAUGAUCUGGUUGGCUGGGAAUGGUACCUUCGGAAGGAGAGUUUGAGCCGUGCAGAAGUUAUAUUUGCUGGUAUGACGUUCAAGAAUGUCACUCUCACCGGCCAAAAGCGAGCAUUCGUCGUAGAUUUCGUCAAUAACACACCGACUGGCCACGGUACGUUCGAUAAGAAAGCUUCGUCUGUCAAGAUAUCCAGCCAAAUAGACCAGCCUCAGAUCAACGCAGUCCUUCCUGAACUCCAGCUUGUCAAUAUUGCAGGAAUCGAUCAAGCGUUGAAGAAGCUGAACGAUUUCCUCGGCGACUUUCAGGAUGACUUCCCCUCCCUUCAGGAACAAAAGUCCUGCGCGGUGCUUUUACAUGGUGGCCAUGGCUCCGGAAAGACGUUUCUCAUCGACCAAAUUAUCGGCACUGGUUGGGGUAAGGUACAUAGGGUGAAGAGAGAUAUGAAACCUCCUGCCAUCCGAACCCUUUUCAGAGACGCGAAACUGAGCCAACCCUCUAUCAUCGUCAUUGAUAACCUUGAGAACCUUGUCUCAAAAGAGGACUCAAUCUCAGAAAGCAUCACAGAAGUUCUUGAAGAAGAAUUGGAUGGUCUCGUUCGAGGACUUUCAGACACAUUGUCUAAAGUUCUGGUUGUCGGAGCUACCCUGAAUGCCAACAGAAUCCCGAUGUCUUUAAGGGACCUUGGCCGGUUUGACGAAGACAUCUUGUUGCCUAUACCCGAUUCUGCUGCUCGAAAAGCAAUUCUAAAGUCUCUCUCGCCACCACUCAACCCAGAUGUCCCCAUUGAUACGCUGGAAAAGCUAGGAGAGCGGACCCAUGCCUAUACUGCAAAGGAUCUGCGUAAGUUGCUAAACAAAGCCUACCAGCUUGCGAGGAGAGCACGUCGUGGUAAGAGCGAUACAGAAGCUCCAGAGAGUUUCUAUCUAGAGCAAGACCAUAUUGAACAAGCAUUGCUCCUCGUUCGGCCGACAGCAAUGCACGAUAUUACACUACAACCACCAAGCGUUAAAUGGGAUGAAAUCGGGGGCCAGGAGAAUGUCAAGGAGGCUCUUCGCCAGGCCGUCGAAACCCCUCUUCUUCACCCGGAACGCAUGGCUCGACUUGGAGGAGCUGCCAAGAAGGGCAUCCUCCUAUAUGGCCCGCCCGGUUGUUCAAAGACCCUCAGCGCCCAGGCUAUGGCCACUGAAGUCGGCUUUAACUUCUUCGCUGUCAAAGGCGCCGAACUCCUUAAUAUGUAUGUCGGAGAGUCCGAAAGGUCAGUACGGGAGAUCUUCGCACGUGCCCGAGCAGCAAGUCCGAGUAUCAUUUUCUUCGACGAGGUCGAUGCCAUCGGCGGAAAGCGGGCAUCUGGAGGUCGUACUAACGGCGUAAACGUUCUGACAACACUGCUCAACGAAAUGGAUGGUAUUGAGACUCUGAAAGGCGUGAUGGUUUUGGCGGCCACGAAUCAACCUCAAGCUCUAGAUGCCGCUCUCCUUCGGCCGGGACGAUUUGAUCAGUUGAUAUAUGUGGCACCUCCAGACCUUGCUGGCCGGGAGGCAAUCUUGCGUGUCAAACAGCGAAAGAUGGACAUGGCCGACGAUGUCGAUAUCCCACUGUUAGCCCACUUAACUGAAGGGUACUCUGGAGCAGAAGUGGUAUCAAUCUGCCAGACUGCGAUCGACAGAGUCCUGAAGAAGUGUGAUCAAACCGGGUUGGAAUUGCAGCUACAAAUGGACGAUUUUAAGGACGCCGUCAAGACCGUGAAGAAGCAAAUCACUCUCGAAAUGGUCCAAGGGUACGAAAAAUGGGCACGAGGAGCGCGCGGUGAUACUGAUUAG